CCAGUGACGAAGGAUGACACUUCUGCAACCCUCUAAAAAUACUCCGCACAUCCCUUAAAAAAUACUACCCACUUCCCUGUGUCACCCACCGAGACCAGAGAUCACAGUCACCUCUGAAACCCGGAGGUGGGUGGCGAACAGGGCGGAGUCUUGGAGAAAAGAAAACCGAGCUGCAGGACGCCUGGGCUCACACCCGGGGCCCCAAAGAUGUCUCUGCCACCGCUGCUGCUGCUGCUGCUGUCGCUGCUGCUGACCGUGGAGCCUGCUGGGGCCACACUGAUCCGGAUCCCUCUUCGCCGAGUCUACACAGGAAGCAGGACCCUGAACCCCCUGAGGGGCUGGGGGAACCCAGAAGAGCCCCUCAGGUUGGGGGCCCCACCCCCCGGGGGCAAGCCCUUCUCUGUGCCUCUCUCCAAUUUCCUGAACGCGCAGUAUUAUGGAAAAAUUGGACUGGGGACGCCCCCCCAAAACUUCUCCGUUGUCUUUGACACGGGCUCCUCCAAUCUCUGGGUCCCGUCCAGAAGAUGCAGCUUCUUCAGUCUGCCCUGCUGGUUCCACCACCGCUUCGACGCCAAAGCCUCCAGCUCCUUCACGCCCAAUGGGACUAAGUUUGCCAUUCAAUAUGGCACUGGGCGGGUGAGCGGCAUCCUGAGUGAGGACAAGCUGUCGAUUGGGGGAAUCAUGAAUGCAUCAGUCACUUUUGGGGAGGCUUUGUGGGAGCCCAGCUUGGUCUUCGUUUUUGCCCACUUUGAUGGGAUAUUGGGCCUCGGUUUCCCCAUUCUGGCUGUGGGAGGAGUUCGGCCCCCACUGGAUACUCUGGUGGACCAAGGUCUACUGGAUAAGCCUGUCUUCUCCUUCUACCUCAGCAGGGACCCUGACGCGGCCGAUGGAGGAGAGCUGGUUCUGGGUGGCUCGGACCCAGCACACUACAUCCCACCCCUCACCUAUGUGCCAGUCACAGUGCCUGCCUUUUGGCAGGUCCAAAUGAAGCGUGUGGAGGUGGGAACAGGGCUGACUCUUUGUGCCCAGGGCUGUGCUGCCAUUCUGGACACAGGUACAUCUCUCAUCACGGGACCCUCUGAGGAGAUCCGGGCCCUGCGGAGAGCUAUCGGCGGAUUCCCCCUGUUGGGAGUGGAUAUCAUCCAGUGCUCCAAAAUCUCACAGCUCCCUGUGGUGUCCUUCAACCUUGGGGGUGUCUGGUUUAACCUCACCUCCAAGGACUACGUCGUCCAGAUUACUCGGCAAGGCACCAGCCUCUGCUUCGCUGGCUUCCGGGCCCUGGACAUUCCUCGGCCAGAAGGGCCCCUCUGGAUCCUCGGCGAUGUCUUCUUGCGCAGCUACGUGGCGGUCUUCGACCGCCAGAACGUGAACGGUGCCCGAGUGGGGCUGGCGCGCGCUCGUGCCCCGGGUGCCGGACCGCGAGGCGGUGGGUCCACGCAGGCGCACUUGGCCGGUUGACGCCCUGGUUAGACGCAUGCGCACCGAGUGAUAGCCGAGGGCCCGCUACUCAAUAAAAAAGCGCUA